AUGUCGGUGAUUGAGAAGGGGGAGUCAAGUGCUCAAAGGAAGGCCAGUUAUGCUAGAAGGAAAAACACCGCGUGCAAAGAAUCCCUCGCACUCCCACAUCCAGACCUAGCAAACUCAACCUCUGAAUGUCCCGCAUCCACCUGCCGCGCAAUACCCCUCUCUCGGGCCGUCGAAGAUGAUUCAUCUGAUGGCGAUCCUCUGACGAUCAUGCCGAAUUACAUUGUUGGUACCAAUGAGGACAUCGAUGGGUUCCGAGACCGCAUCAUGGGCGAUGAGCCGACGCCACCCGACUUGAUGGAUGAGGAGUACUACAUGUUUCGCGACCAAGGAUCCGAUAAUGACACCAUGGAGGAUGACGAGGAAGCGAGCAUGUCGUCUGCUAUACCUAGCGAGGUUGAUCCAUUAGACUUUGUCUACACAAACAUCCCAGACACCACUCACAUCCUGAAGCUCGCCGCAAACUGCAAACACUGCAAGGCCAAAAAGUUUGAGUCUGAGACUGACGGGUUCUGCUAUCGCAAUGGCCAGAUCAAACUUAAGCAACCAGAACCAAUCCCAGAGUUGAUGAGGCUGUGGUCCAGCAUGGAUGCAGAUUCUAGACAUUUUCGGGAGAACAUACGGUUCUUCAACGGGCAUUUCGCCUUCACAACCCUUGGCGUCAGCCUUGAUGAGAAUUACACAAACAUGAAGUCUGGGGUGUACACAUUCCGGGCACACGGCACCAUCUACCACAAUGUGCAUUCGUUCAGGCCUAGCUCCCGUCCAGAACAUCUGCAGUUGUACUUCUAUGAUGAUGACCCAACCAUAACUCAUCGUCAGGCGGCCACCAAGCAAUUAGACCAGGAUGUCGUGAAGAAGUUAGUAGACAUACUCAAAGAAAACCCGUACUCCCAGCAAUUUAGGAGUUUGGGUGCACACAAGGACAACCUCGAUGAUUAUAGGAUAGACCUUAACACCGAUAAGAGGCUUGACCAAAGAACAUAUAAUAGACCGUUGUCAUCUGAGGUCGCUGCAAUUUGGGUUGAGGGAAACGACCUAGCAAAAAGGUUUGACCAGAGGAUAACACUUUGUGGUAACAACAACGAAAGGCACAGUAUACGUGUGACCUCCGGAGCAUAUGACCCGUUGUCUUAUCCCCUAUUCUAUCCAAGGGGGGAACUAGGUUGGCAUCCGAAGCUACCUAAAUGUAAUGUACCUUGGGAGGUUGUACUACAUCCUCAACUCGGCCAUGAUGAUGAGGAGGAUGCAGAGGGGAAUAGCAGGUUGUGCGUCUCCGUGAGAGACUACUACUGUUACAUGCUGCAGACACGGCCUGCGAUCUUCAAUCCCAUACUCUGUGGAGCACGCCUGUUGCAGCACUGGGCGGUCGACAUGUACGUCAAGAUUGAGAGUUGUCGAUUGAGGUGGUACAGGAAGAACUGGACGCAGAUUCGUGCCGACUUGUAUAAAGGAUUCGUUGAUGCGAUCACAUCAGGGGAGACGCGAGCAAGCGCUGUUGGGGUAAGAAUAGUGCUCCCUGGAACAUACCCUGGUGGCGACCGCGACAUGAAGAAGAGGCAUAUGGAUGCCAUGGCAAUUGUCCAUACAUACAGGAAACCUGACAUCUUCUUGACCAUGACUUGCAAUCCUAAAUGGGAAGAGAUAACGAAUGAGUUGCUGCCUGCACAGGGGAAGGACUCAUACCCAGUUUAUGGGCGUAGAGACGAUGGAAGACGUGCUAAGGUCCGAGGGAAGAUGUUGGACAACAGAUGGGUUGUGCCUUAUAACUCAUACCUUCUGCGGAUGUUCAAUUGCCACAUCAACGUUGAGGUCUGCUCUAGCAUAAAGGCCGUCAAAUAUCUUUACAAGUACAUUUACAAGGGCCAUGAUAAGGCUUCUUUCAGCAUAGACCAGCCCGAUGCCGAUGGUAACAUUGAUGAGAUCAAGAGAUACGUUGACGCAAGGGUUGCAUUCAAUGCGCAGGCUGACUUGAAGAAUGUUGUCGCCUCCGAAAAUGCUUCAAAAUCCAUGUUAACGGAGUAUUUCAAGGCUAACCAGGAACACCCUCGGGCUAGGCAUAUAUUGUACAAGGAUUUUCCCGGAAGCUUCACGUGGCAUAAGAAAAAGAAGUUUUGGAAGCCGCGGGUCGAGCAUUUUCAAAUAGGUCGUAUCGUGUCUGCCAAUCCUGCCAAGGGGGAGCGAUACUACCUGCGUGUGUUGCUAAACCAUGUUACGGGCAAAACAUCCUUCGAUGACUUGCUCACCAUGGAUGGCGUGCUAUGUGGGAGCUUUAGAGAAGCUGCUGAAAGGUUGGGACUCAUCGAGGCAGACAACACGCUCGACGACUGUCUUACUGAGGCUGAGCAGUGGGUGAUGCCAUGUUCUCUUAGGAGGCUCUUCACAACCAUCUUGGUGCACUGCGAGCCAGGCGACGUGCGCGGUUUAUGGGAUAGGCACCUCGAGCCUAUGUCUGAUGACUAUCGUCGAACACGCACGUCCCCGAACGAGGUGGAGCAGAUGGUGUUGCUUGACAUUAGGGGUAUGUUGCAGUCCAUGGGUGAAGACAUUGUUGAUUUCGCUCUUCCAAGCAUCGAUGAUGCGUUUGACCCAACCAAGGGCGAGGCCAGAGAGGUCAUCGAGGAAUCAACCGUUGAGUUUGACGUGGAUGACACUAAAUUGGCAUCUUCCCUGAACUUGGAGCAGAGGGCCGCAUACGACAAGAUACUAACGGCUGUUGAACGCGGUGAUGGGGGUGUAUUCUUUGUUGAUGGACCUGGAGGUACAGGGAAGACCUUCCUAUACAGGGCGAUGCUUGCCAAGGUGAGGAACGGGGGCAAGAUUGGUACCGCUACCGCGACAUCGGGCGUCGCCGCUUCUAUCAUGCCUGGCGGCAGGACUGCCCACUCGAGGUUCAAGAUCCCAUUGAGUUGCGAUGAUGGAGCCUCGUGCAGCUUCACCAAGUAG